AUGGCGCCCAACAGAGGAAUCUCUGCUCAUUUUGCAGCGUCAAAAGCCUCUAUUAGCCGCGCUAAUCGAUCCGUUAAGUCGAAACCAGUCAAAGAUGUCGCUACGCCGCUCGUACAAACUGCAGCUGUCGCAGACGGCUCGUCAGAGACUCUACAGACUCGUGUGCCGACAUCGAUAUCACCAAGCUCUAGUCACGACACGGUUUCAGCACCAGAGGCUUCAGUAUCGAAGCCUGCCUCGCCGAAAAAGUCGACACCGCGUAGACAGGCUCGCACACGACUGAGGACGCCCGACCAAGGUGAAGUGGAUCGCAUCAUGGCCGAGAACGAGAGCCUGCUCCAGUCCACUUCUCCCUCUGCGCCUGCAUCUUGCUCCUUCUCAGACCGUCAAGCUGCGCCAGUCUCACUGCUUGGUACACCACCUACCACUCCGCAUGCAUCGGCUCGAUCCUGUCCGCUUCUGGAACCGUCCCAAACUUCGCCCAUCUCAGUCCGAACCGAUCCAGAUACCAACAAGAUGUACCUAAUGUUGCCUAGGUCAUCGUCCAGAGCUGCAUCUUCUCCCUCCCAUCUUGCGAUCGCUGAAAGCAGCUCCAGCCCAACGAAACGGAAGAUGGCGACGCCGCCCAAAUCGGGCUCUCCGAGUAAGACACCUCGUACGCUCACCAGCACGCCUCGUCGGCUGAUUACGGGCGAGACCGAAACACUGGGAACGGAAGAAGAAGAUGGACUUGUACUAACACCUGGCCGGUCCAAAGGCACCAGGGUGAUGCUGGGAUCGCCGAGCAAGAGUCCGUUGCUGUCGAGACUUGGGGAUACGCCCAAGGCACAGGCGCUGAGGAUGAUUGUGGACGAGGAUGACGAAGACGCUUACUUCACGCCAAGAGGCGUAAGACAAAGAGCAAAAGGACUGCCUCUCCCUCCGAUGGCUACCGUCAACGCGGCUGCCGUGUUUCGAGGUGCUCAGUUGCCUGCGUCUUCGAGUGCGCCUAGUCUGGUGCCGAAACCGGUCGAGGCAGCGGCAGUUCCCUCAUCGUUGUCGUCGUUGCACGGCGCUGGCUUGUCGCAUACCGAGAUCAGUUCAGAUGCUACAGCGUUGGUGGAGGAGGACCAGAUCCAACUGCCACAGCCCAAGCAUGUGCUCGCUUCCGACUUGCCUCUGCCGUCGUUCUACUCGAGCUUACUGACGCUUCAUGUGGCACUGGAGCAUGCGCUCGUGGUACACCUCGCAACCGCGGGCUGUGCUAGUGCCACGCUCGAAUCGUCCGCCCAGUUGUCCGACGACGAUCUCUCGGACUCGGUCCUUAACCAGGACACCGAAAGAAGACAGACCAAGACAGUCCGACUUCCGAACCUCAUCUCGUACACCGCGCUGCGUCCGCUCGUCGAGCGAUCCGGUGGUCGAAGGUUAGGUCCUACCGAGCUCAAACGCCUUGCUAGCGUAUGGGUUGACUUCCAUCGCUCGUCCUCUGCCUCUUCAUCAGCAAAGGAAGCCGUGUCAAGGGACGAGGACGAGGAAGUGCGAGGGUUGGGAUUUAUCGUUUCUAAAACGAGAAGCAUGGACCCUCGGACCGGGCGCAGAGCGCUGGAUUGGGGGAUUGGUAUCGAGCUAGAGAUCAAACGUUCUCUUCGUCCACGCACGCCUCCCACCCAAGUCAACUUUGGUGGCGUUCAAGUGCAAUCAUCCCCCCUUUUGCCUUCGUGCUCGGAAGGGUUUGAUGAGCGCUUGCUGGGGACGCCCAAGAUGCCCGCAACGCGGUGCACUACUCCUCCGCCUAGCUCGGAACGAAAAGUUCGAUCUCCAUUCAUCCACUCGUCACCGCUCCUGUCUUCGCCGCGAAGAAAACCAAGAGCGAAUUCACCAACACCAUCCAAAACAGCCAGUUCGCCAAAGCUGCGCAGCAGCACUAGCAUGGGCGCAGCCAAGGCGAGGGAGGGAAUGUCGGUGGUCGCCAUGUGGAACAACGGGCUGGAAACGCGAAAGGCCGAAGUAGGCAGGAGGCUGAGAGAGCGUUGUGCGCGCUACCACCAGUUGUGGUUGGACGAACAGGGGAUCUCUGUUCCACGGCCGAGUGCGGCUGGGUUGGGCAAGACAGAAGGAUGGCGACAAGAGCCGGCCACGCCGUCGCGUAGAGAGCAGCAGGAGGUGGUCGGAUUGGGCAUCGCAGCCGGGCCUGUUAGCGAUACUGACCACGACGAUGACCACGCCCGGCUGGGCGCAGCGCCACCGAGGGAAGUUGUGAUGGGCGCAGGUGGGCUGCUGACGCCGUCGGCUACACGAUCGGGUGGACCACGUUUGGGUAAGCGUACAUUCUACAUGGAUCCAAGCGAGUUAGACCGUGCUGGGCUUACCGACGACGAAUCGGACGAUGCCGAGCAAUCCGAGGUAUUGGCUGCUGGUCCAUCGCUCAAGGGCAAGCAAUCGCUCAUCGACGAAGUGUCUAGCACCGUCGUGCGCAGCUCCAAGUCGAUGCCUCGAUUGCAUUCUGCGCCUGAUUCUACCGCCACCUCUGUUGCGACUGUGGCGAAGGAUGAGGCGGGGGAGGUGCCUAUGGAAGGCACAGAGCUGCAUCGUUGGCAUCCCGAAUUUCCACUUGACGAUCCUCGGGUUGUCCGGCCCGUCCCACUCGCCACACUUCCCUCGCUUGCACCUGGCCUAUCCACACCGCAUCGCAACAAGGAUCGAUCUCUCUUUGGCGCUGCUGAUCCACCGACGCCCUCGAAACCGAUCAAAUACAUUCCCGCUGUCGACCUCGCCUCCGCGACUGCCACCACCUCGUCGGCCCUGACGCUUCGCGAACGCAUCGCCGCCAAAGAACAACUGCGUCGAACUGCAUCGCUGCCAUCGCUCACUGCCUCUAGUAGCGGAUCCAUGACGCCGAUGCAAGCGCUUUCGCAACGAGCGCUCGUCUCGCGCCUCCCCGAAUUCUGUUCGAUCCUCUUCAUGCUCUUCUCGAACGGAACCACUCUCUCAUCCAACGGCAUCACCAGAUCGCCCACCCUACCGAUGCAGGAUCUCUUGGCAAAACUCGCCAAGAGUGUCAAGAUCCACAUGAGCACAAGAGAGUGCAGACAGGCAAUCGAUGUUCUGGGCAGGAUCGCGCCAGGCUUCUUGAUGGUUAUCAGCCCGAGUACUGAUGGUGGUAGUACCGGGGGAAACGAGUUUGUCAGGAUGGGUCACAAUCACGCGACCGGUGCAGUGUGGCGCUUGAACGACAUACGGGCUCGCAUUGCGAGCGAGUUGAACGGCAGCAGCACGUGA